CUUACUUACCGGAACUGCGACUGAACGACGGUCAUGUAAGAGAUAAUACAAUUUUACUGUUGUUAUCAGUAAGUUAAUCGAUAAAUGUAAGUUACACCUUUUAGUUAUCCAUCACGGUCUACAUCAGCUCAAGAGGGUUACAGCAGACAUCGACUCAAAGCAGUUUAGAUGUGACAAGUAACGUUACUUCCGGUUAAGGAUAAACUUUUGCUUUAGCUCAUUUGCAGCGGACAUCCUGAGUUAUUUUGCAAGAUGAUACAAACUGAGCACUUUAAAAUGAUCUUUCAAGUGUUCAGAGACUCGGUUCCUGUCAUCACGAGCGGGAUUCUAACCGUGGUACUUGGGUCGUGUAUUUUGUUUGGCACCCAAACAUACUUUAACUUCACUGAGGGGGUCCUCAGUGUUGGCGCCCCUGUGUUUCAAAAUGGACACUUGCACAGGCUCUUGGCGUACCCUUUUUACCACAGAACCUUUGCUCAGCUUCUCCUGAGCAUCACAACCCUGGUGUUUCUCUGUGGCAGUUUGGAGAAAGGUGUUGGCACUGUCCGCUUCCUGUUCUUCUUCAUCUUGCUGUCGACCACCACAGGCUUGUUUUACAGCUUCCUGGAUCUCAUGCAGAGUGACAGCAGCCGGAGCCACACAGAGGGGUUGGUUCCUGUGAUCCUAGCAUGUGUGGCUCUAACUACCAUGCACACAAAAAUGACCAAAGGAUUCCUGUGUGGAGUCAGUUUCCCCACCAUGGCUCUCCCUUGGGUGCUUCUCAUGAUCACCACUGCCCUCAUUCCUCACAGUGUCCUCCCCUGUAACGUUGUUGCCGUCCUGGUUGGGUGGAUGUAUGGAAAAGGAUGGCCUCCUUUUCUGAACAUGUCUGAAGCCAGGGCUGGCACUUUGGAGAGGAUGAUACCUUUCAGGUUGCUGAGGAGCAUCAGGGGUGUUAAGUUUGUCCCUGCUUCAACAGAGGAGAGGAGGAAGACCCUUCUUCCACAAAUCAAUCCAACACCUGGCUCCUACCCAGUCCAGGCUUAUGCUCCAUUGUCCAGCGUCAGCACUGCCAAUACUGCGGCCAGGAUUUACGAAGGCUGGCCGAAUUCAACCAGUCCUCUGUCCAGUCCCACACCAUCUCUCAAUCCUCAUGGACAUAGCUCUGCACAUAGCUUUGGUCUAAGUCAUGGACAUGGUUCAGAGCAGAGUUUUGGCCAAAGCUGCAACCACAGUCAUAAUCAUGGUCAUAGUCAUAGUCAUGGUCAUGGUCACGAUCAUGGGCAUGGGCAUGGUCAUAGCCAUGGUCAUCUAUAGUUAUGGUUAUUUAUUUGACUGCUUUACUCCAGCCAUACAGAUUAGCCUUUUUCUGACAAUACUGCAAUAUUUUCCCUGUAAAACAUGUGUGUGUGUUAACACACACAAUGUCAAAUGCUUGGACACAUUGUUAAGUUGAGUUUACAGUAGGCUGCUACCGUGUUUGUAGAGUGUUUGUUUGCCUGGCUUUAUAUUUAAAUGACAUUUCUCUGAAUGUUUUAUUGUUAUGGGUCACUUUUGUACAUAAAUGUAUAAAUGUACUUAUUUUGUACUAUUUCCCUCAUUUCUACAAAAAAAUGUUGGCAAAACAUAAAAAGUCUCUGGGAAAUACACCCAACUCAUUUGACUCAUGGCAUUCUUUUAAAGGGUUGUGUGCACAUCCUGUCUUAGAUUUACAGGACCAGAUUAAGUGUUGUUUUCAGUGCAAUAAAAUGUGAGUGUAAGCAAUGGACUAAAGUUCCCAAAACUUUAUUGAACUAAAAAAAAGGCAAUGUUUUGAGUCCACCCUUUAACAGGCAUAACAGUGGACAAUGUAUACCUGCACAUGGGCAAUGCGCCUGGCUGUCAUCAAGUGAUCAAACAAAAAUCACGUGUUUAAACAGAAACAAAAAACAUACUAAGUGUCUGGAUAUAAUAACGGGGGAGUCUGGGGAUGGUUGUAAUACUUGAUGUUACAGCACAUAAAACUUGCUGAAUUUUUGUCACAGCUCUCAAAUUUUGACACAAAAUACCCCUAAUUGUCCACUACAGAUAGCAACUUCUCCAACAUCUCCAACUAAAUCACACAAUUCAGUAGGUGAUGUCUACUGUUACUUGUGAACUACACAUAUAGCCUGUGUCCCAGUAAGAAAGGGAAAACAACAAUUUUAGUAAUAAGUUUAUACUAUACACUAAGUUUUUAUAAAUUGAUGGUUUUUAUAACAACUUGUUUUAGGAGAUCCUAUGUCCUGCUUCCAUGCGAUAAGCAUAAAUCAAAAUAAGUAGCCUAAAGAUAUUGAAACGUCUGCAUUUUUUCAGUACUAUAUUCAUUUGACAGGUCAUAGAAAAUUUUACUUGUGCUACAAAACUUUCAACCUCUGUAACAAAAGUGCUAUGUGCAAAGAUGUUAACGCACAG